UUCAUUUUUCACAAUGCCUAAAAAGGAUGAGGCUUGGAAAUAUACUGAAGACUUUAUUGGCAGACAAAAAAAUCUAACAAAAUGUUUUUUUUGUAAAGAAAUUAAUUUUGGUGGCAUCAAUAGAUUUAAAUACCAUAUUGCCGGCAUACCUGGCCAUGAUAUUGAGGUAUGCAAAUUACAAACUCCCAAGGCAAAACGUUUCUGUUAUGUCCAAUUACAAACACAUGAACAAGAAAAGUUAACUAAGAAGAGGCAAUUGGAAGAGUUAAGUGCUAUUGGCUCCCAUGCACCCACAUCCGCAUCCGCAUCCGCAUCCGCAUCUGCAUCCGCAUCCGCAUCCGCAUCCACAUCCGUAGGCUGUGUUGGAGAGGGUUCUUCCAUGCCUCCCUUUCACCCUAGUGCUUCUGCCAGUGCUAGUGCUUCUACUUCUACUCCUCCUAGUGGCACUAUUACCUUUGGCCCUAGAGUUCGGAAAUCCAGGUUGGAUAGUUAUUUUGUGCCACGUAGUACUCCUGGGGCACAACCCUCGCUUGAGGGCAUGGGUUGGAACAAGGAGGUUCAUGAUGCUGCAAGAAAACAAAUUUGCAAGUUUUGGUACUUUUGCAACAUUCCAUUUAUUGCAGCCAGGUCUCCUUAUUGGCAAGGCAUGGUAGAUUCCAUAACCAUUUGUGGUGCGGGGUUUAAAGCCCCUAUCGAUGCUGAGUUAAGUGGCCCCCUCUUGUUACAAAUGGUUGAGGAUAUGAAAGUUGAGCUAGAGGACCACCGACAGUCUUGGAGCCAAAAGGGUUGCACCAUCAUGACAGAUGGUUGGACGGAUAGGAGGAAUAGAACACUCCUAAAUUUUCUUGUUUCCUGCGGAGGAUCCACCAUGUUCUUGAAAUCUAUUGAUGCUUCCUCACAUGUGAAAAAUGCCACAUACUUAUGUGAGGCUAUUGAGGAAGUCAUACAAGAGGUGGGGGAAGAAAAUGUGGUGCAGGUGGUGACAGAUAAUGCAGCAAGUUAUGUUGCUGCAGGUAAAGUUUUGAUGGAGAGGCACCCGAAAAUUUUUUGGUCUCCUUGUGCGGCCCAUUGCCUUGACCUCAUGUUGAAGGAUAUUGGUAAGCUUGAAUGGGUGAAAUCAAUAGUUGAAAGGGCCAAAAAUAUCAGCAAGUUUAUCUACAAUCAUGCAUUGGUCCUUAGCAUUAUGAGGCAAUACACGGGGCAAAAGGAGUUGGCUCGUCCUGGUAUCACGAGGUUUGCCUCAAACUUCCUCACACUGAAAUCCUUGAUAAAAUCAAAGGCGGCUUUGAGGCGUAUGUUUGUUGGUGAGGAGUGGACUUCCUCAUCUUAUGCUACGACCACUGCAGGGAUAGAUGUGGUAAAUUGCAUUUUUGAUGAGCCAGGUUUUUGGACCCCCUGUGGAGAAACCGUGCAGGUCACUGAGCCCCUCGUAGUUCUCCUACGAGUUGUUGAUGGGGAGAAGCCCUCUAUGGGCUAUAUAUAUGAGGGUAUGGAUAGGGCCAAGGAGGCCAUUAGGUCCAUAUAUGCAGGAGAUGAGGAUAAGUAUGGCCCCAUUUGGGAGAUUAUUGAUAGGAGAUGGCUAAACCAGCUUCACAGGCCCAUCCAUGCAGCAGCCUAUUACCUCAAUCCGGCAUUUCGAUUCCGUGAUGACUUCAAGGCAGAUGAGGAGGUUCUUAGUGGCCUGUAUACAGUGGUUCAAAAGUUGUGUACUGAUGGCACAGCCUCAAGUACAACGCUCCAGCUGGAUAAAUAUAAUAAUCGAGAAGGGGCAAUCUUCGCAAGCAGCAUGUGCAUAGAGGCUCGAACACAAUUGCAGCCAGAUAGAUGGUAGCAAAUGUUUGGGCCCUCAACCCCAAACCUUCAAAAAAUUGCCAUCCGUAUUUUGAGCCAGCCAUGCAACGCUUCUGGAUGUGAGCGCAAUUGGUCCAUGUUCGAGCACAUCCACUCGAAGAGGC